ACUGUGGACGUAAGUAAAUCGGGCCACAUUUCAGUGACGGAGCUAAGGCAAGCCUUGGUUAACAACAAUUGGACAACAUUUAACGAAGAAACCUGCCGUCUUUUAAUUGGAAUGUUCGAUAGUAACAAGAAUGGUACCAUUGAUGUUCAUGAAUUUGAAUCGUUACUGGAAUAUGUCAAGCAAUGGCAAAAUUGUUUUAAUCAAUUCGACAAAGACAGAUCCGGAAAUAUUGAUGCUAAUGAACUACAGCAAGCAUUUAACACAUUUGGUUACCGUUUAUCAACCACCUUCUGCAACUUAUGCGUUCGAGUAUUUGACCGUGGAGAUGUUAGAACCAUGAAAUUUGACGACUUUAUUCAAUGUUGCGUAAUGCUAAAAUCUUUAACGGAUAAAUUUCGCAAGAAAGAUGCCGCUCAAUCAGGCGUCGUUCGUGUUUCUUAUCCAGAGGUAUCAAUAAUUUAA